AUGGCCGCCGCUCCGCCCCAGCGACAGGCGGACGGAGCCCCCGGCGGUGCCGGCAGAAGCCUCGCGAGAAGCGGGGAAGGGGAGGGGAAGCGAGAGGCCCCCUCCAGUCCCCGCCCCGCGCCACCUGCCCGGCUGCGCCGCUGCGGCCGGCCUGACCGCGGCAACGGCUCUGCAGCCUGGCCGGCCGUCCCCCUCCGCCUGCCCUCGCAGCCCACCGGCGAGGCUGGAGGCACCGGCUCCCGCCGUGGUUGCGGCAGGCGGCGCCCCCGCGGGGCGCGCCCGGCUCUCGGGACGGGCAGCAGCAGGCAGCGGGACGCUUUUUGCCUGCGGCGGGCUGCAGCCAACCUCCCCGUAGAGGGCUUCAUUAGCAUAUGUCAGGGGGACCGCCGUAUAUAUAUACACACGCGGGGCGUUAAACACCACCCCGCCGUCUCGCUCACACCGGCACGGCUCAGCACAGCUCAGCACGGCUCGGCUCAGCUCAGCUCAGCUCAGCUCAGCUCAGCUCAGCUCGGCUCUGCCGGCUCCCCAUGCUCGGGGCCCCGGCGCGCACCCCCACAUGCCCGCCGGGAGAGGCCGGCAGCCGCUCUCCGCCGCCGCGCCCUAGCCCGCUCGCCCCGCGCCCCCAUGGCUCCGCUGGCCGAGGUGGGGGGCUUCCUGGGCGGCCUGGACGGCCUGGGGCAGCCGGUGGGCGCCCACUUCUUGCUGCCGCCCGCCGGGGAGCGCCCGGCGCUGCUCGGGGACCGCCGGGCCCCGGCGGAGCGGGCGGCCCGCGGCGGCGGCGCGGCGGCGGCGGCAGCAGCGGCGGCGGCGGACCUGGCGCACUUGCAGGGCAUCCUGCGGCGGCGGCAGCUGUACUGCCGCACCGGCUUCCACCUGCAGAUCCUGCCCGACGGCAGCGUGCGGGGCACCCGCCAGGACCACAGCCUCUUCGGUAUCCUUGAAUUCAUCAGUGUGGCAGUGGGACUGGUCAGUAUUAGAGGCGUGGACAGUGGCCUUUACCUUGGAAUGAAUGAGAAGGGAGAACUCUAUGGCUCUGAGAAACUAACUUCUGAAUGCAUCUUCAGGGAACAGUUUGAGGAAAACUGGUACAACACUUACUCGUCCAAUGUGUACAAACAUGGAGAUUCGGGGCGGCGAUACUUCGUAGCACUUAACAAAGAUGGUACUCCCAGAGAUGGGGCAAGGUCCAAAAGACACCAGAAAUUCACACAUUUCUUGCCCCGGCCCGUGGAUCCUGAAAGAGUUCCAGAACUGUACAAAGAUAUGUUAGGAUACAGCUGA